AUGGCCUCACAGGCCGUUACCUGGACGGCACUCCUUCUCGCUGGCAUCUCAAUGGCCUCCCCAAUCGUUUACUUUCCCAUAAAUUCCCAGGUCCCUCCCGUCGCCCGGGUUGGGCAAUUCUUUUCCUUCGUAUUCUCCCCGUCGACCUUCUCCUCAACGUCGAAAAUCACCUAUCACCUCGCCCAGCAUCCAUCCUGGCUUUCGAUCGACAGCGAUGCCCGGCGAUUGUUUGGAACUCCCAGCGAUAAGGACGUCGUGCCGGGACUUGUGGUGGGUGUGCCUCUGAGUCUCGUCGCGAGUGAUGCUGCCGGUUCGACAUUGCUACCUGCCACGCUCGUCGUAUCGCGGAAUCCGGGACCGACAGUCGAGAUACCAUUCGAAGAGCAAGUUCCCGAUUUUGGCAUGUUUUCCACUCCAUCCUCUCUGCUAUCAGCGCCGGAAAAGGACUUCUCGUUUGCGUUGGAACCGGCAACGUUCUCGACCACUUCUGACAUCCCAUUGAGCUACUACGCUACCAUGGCCGACAACACGCCACUCCCGGCCUGGAUAUCCUUUGAUCCCAGCAACCUCUCCUUUGCGGGCCGAACACCACCCUCAGGUUCUCUAGUUCAGCCGCCGCAGAGCUUUUCGAUCCGGCUUGUCGCAAGCGACGUUGCCGGCUUCGCAGGGGCGUCUCUGGUUUUCGACAUUGUUGUUGGCACCCACUGUCUCGUUGCGGACUAUACUACAAUAAUCCUGAGGGCUGUUCCGGGAAUCUCGGUGCUUUACUCUACAUUAAGAGACACUGUCAGCGUCGACGGCAAACCAGCCAUCCCCGAGACCGUCGUUAUCGCCUCUACAUCGAACGUUCCGCCAUGGCUGACGGUAGACAAAACUACUUGGAUUAUAAGUGGCAUGCCGCCUGAAGCCGUUACCUCCAGCAAAUUCACCAUCACGCUGCGGGAUGACUUCACCAACACGCUAAACCUGACCGUUGCGGUAGAGGUGGCAGGAGAUCUGACUUACCAAGCGAACGUCUUCAAUGAUAGCUUGCCCAGCCUCACCAUUAUCCCCGGCAGGCGCUUCUCAUUCGAUUUUCAACCGUAUUUGGUGGACUCUCAGAGGACGGAGCUUUCUGUUGUGACAAACUCCUCUUACCCUUGGAUCAGAUUUGAAUCUAGCACCGUCACCCUGUUCGGGGAGACCCCCCGGAGUCUUCCACACUCCAUCAUCGACAUUGAAGUGAAUGCCAGGCCAAAGGAUUCCAACAAAGUGGUUUCCACAACAUUGAGGAUCCGUGUCCAAGCUGGAUCGGAAGACACCCCGAGCGCACAUCCUACAGAAUCUCCAGGGGAGCAGUUAUCGUUGGCGGGCGACGGACUCGAGUACGGGCAGUUCAAUGUCGUGUUAUUCGCCGUACUAUUUCCAGUUCUCCUUCUGCUUGUUGCCGCCGCAUGCCCACUCUUUUGGUGGUUCCGUCGGCGAAAGGAGCGCCAAAUCUCCAGGUUCACAAUCGUCGAUGUGUCAGGACUUCCUGCCAGUCCGGAAGGUCCCCGGCCCCCUCCAGCGACCAGCAAAUGCUCCGAGGAGGAUCUCUCGUCAAACGAUACUUUGAUCUCGGAACAGCUGAACUAUGUCAGUCUACGUAACGCAUUCACAAAUCGAAGGAGCCUGCCUCAGACCCAGGCAAAAGUUUGGCUGCUGUCUCCGACCAGCACCCGCUCAAGAGCUGCCGACGGACAACAAGGCGGCAGUUCAUCUCCGGUGCGUAGUGCAAGUGUUGGCCGUGCACGGCCGAGGCCGCGACUCAAGAUCAGUAGCUCCCUGAGUUCCAUCACCGAGACAAGCGUGGAUGACGAGGGUGACGGGUCUUCCGGUGAGCGCACUCUCCGAUCCCGCAGCAACGAUAGCGACAUGUCGUCCAGAGACUACAUUGAAGGCAGUAUACCGCAAAUGCCACGAUUCUCUGGGUCGAUGUACAUUGACGAAACUCCCCGGCCGUGCGAUAGCAUGGAGACAUCCACCCAACAGGCUUCCUCCUUUCCUGUGGCCGAUUUGGAUCCCGAGGAGCCUCCCUUGAGAGCGAAAUCCAGACUACCUUACCAUCCGCCUGCUUCAGCACCCGGUCGAUUUGCCUGGUCCUGGCUCACCAGAAAGAACAUAACGAAGGGACAGUGGAGAAUCAGCCACAUGAUGACGAAGUGGAGCAAGAAAUCAAUAACCACUACGGGCGGCACCCUGGCGACGUCAGCCAGCGGGCAAUCAGGCAAGGCGAGUGAGCUCACGGCGCCGGAGUUAUCUUCGAUGCCUGGCUCAACAUGUCCCUCUAGCCGGCCAGCCACGCUAUGUGAGGGGGCAAGCAGCGACUUGGAGGACCAGAGACAGGAUUCCGUCGGCACUGAUAGCAGCAGAAGGCCAAACUUCACCACCCCGGCGCCGAGCCUAGCUUCGAGUAAGGGGCAGAGCAGCACCUCCGGAACCGUCCUGGGCGUUUCGUAG